AUGACAGCACAAUCCAGCGAUAGUCCCUACCUGGACGAAGUGGACUCUCUCCGCGAAAGGGAGUAUCCUCUCCUCAGCGGAACAACCUACCUAGACCACGCAGGCACAACCCCCUACUCCACCUCCCUCAUCACCUCCUUUACAGCAGACCUAACAACAUCCCUCUACGGCAACCCCCACUCCCUCUCCUCCUCCUCCCAGCUCGCCACCCAACGCAUAGACGACAUCCGUCUGCGCGCACUGCGCUUCUUCAACGCGGACCCGGAAUUGUUUGAUUUGGUUUUUGUACCGAAUGCAACGGCCGGGAUCAAGCUUGUGGGGGAUGCGUUGAGGGAUUAUUCUUCCCGUUCACCUUCUGACACCAUCUCCCAGGAGGAGUCGCGCAAUGGCUUCUGGUACGGAUACCAUGUGGAUGCGCAUACGAGUUUAGUCGGCGCGCGCGAGUUAGCUGCGCGAAGCCGCUGCUUUGAGACGGAUGAUGAGGUGGACGGGUGGAUUGACACUACACUACGCAACGGCGACGACAAGCACCCAGCGCAACUAUUCGCCUUCCCCGCACAGUCGAACAUGAACGGCCGGAGACUUCUCCCAGCACGGUGGUGCGAGCGCAUCCGGCGAGCCAACCAGGCAAGGACUGAGCGUGCGAAUGAGAAUAGAAAGGUGUUCACUCUACUCGACGCAGCAGCGCUGGUAUCAACCUCGCCGCUAGAUCUAAGCGACGCGCGGACAGCACCGGAUUUCACCGUGCUGAGCUUCUACAAGAUCUUUGGGUUCCCGGAUCUAGGAGCGCUGAUCGUGCGCAGGGGGGAUGCUGUGGAGGAGGUUCUCCGCGCUAGGAAGUUCUUCGGUGGUGGGACCGUCGAUAUGGUUCUUGCUUCUGCGGAGGCAGAAGGGAAGUGGCAUGCGAAGAAGGGGGAUAUACAUGAGUGUUUGGAGGACGGUACGCUCCCGUUUCAUAGUAUUGUUGCGCUGAGCGCGGCGAUGGAGACUCAUGCCCGGUUAUACGGGUCCAUGGAGCGCGUUGCGCUUCAUGUGCGUUUUCUGGCACAACGGCUAGCGGGGCGGUUAGCUGCGCUGAGACACUGGAAUGGUCAGCCUGUCUGUUGUCUGUAUGGAGGGGCAGAUUACGGAGAUUCAACAAGACAAGGCCCCAUCAUCGCCCUCAAUCUACUGAACAGUCAAGGCGCAUGGAUCGGCAAGUCCGAGGUGGAGAGACUCGCCGCCGUGAAGAACAUCCAGAUCCGCUCCGGCACGCUGUGCAAUCCCGGCGGGACGGCGCGGAGUCUAGGCUGGAGUGGCGGGGACAUGCGUCGCCAUUUCUCUGCGGGAUUGCGCUGCGGUGAUGAUCACGAUAUCAUGGAUGGGCGGCCGACGGGGAUUCUGCGAGUGAGUUUGGGCGCGAUGAGUAGUCUGGGCGAUGUCGAUGCGUUUGUGAAUUUCGUGGACGAGUUCUACGUUGAGAAGGAUGCGCGUGUUGCCUCGGAUCCCCCGGUUGAAGACAUCUCCCCGGCUGAAUUCUACAUCGAAGCCCUAUCAGUAUACCCCAUCAAAAGCUGCGGCGCGUUCAAAGUCCCCGACGGUCAACGCUGGACCGUCAAGAAGGAGGGUCUCGCGUGGGACCGCGAGUGGUGUCUUAUUCACCAGGGCACAGGCGCAACGCUGAACCAGAAGCGGUAUCCGCGGAUGGCGCUCAUUAAGCCCUUCAUUGACUUAACCCUUGGAGUUCUGCGCAUUACGGCAGGCGAUGCCGUCUUGGAAGUGUCGUUAGACCGGGGACAUACCGACCGGAAUCCGACAUGCACGACCUCGCUGUGCCAGAGCGCGUCGAAGCCGUCUACUGUCUGUGGAGAUCGGGUUGUCGUCCAGGCUUAUACGGCUCCGGCCGUGUCUGCUUUCUUUUCGUCUUUUCUUGAUGUCCCGUGUACGUUGGCACGGUUUCCUCCGUUGCCUGAGAAGAUGGGGGCGGGAGGAGGGGGAGGAGGUCGUGAGUCUGCAUUGCGUGCGGCGCAAUCUGGUGUUGGUAGUAUGCCUGGUGCUUUUCCUGACACUACUCCUACUUCAUCGACUCCGAAUUCUUCUCAAGCAAACCAGCCUAUCCUCCUCUCUAAUGAAAGUCCUAUCUUACUUAUAUCCCGCUCGUCCGUUAAUCGCUUGAACGAACAUAUCAAGUCGGGUUCUCUUCCUUCCACUAUUUCCACUACUUCUACAACCACCACUGCAACACCAAGACCGAAAUCAAAAGCAGUCCCUGCAGACGUCUUUCGCGCAAACAUCCUCAUCGCAGAAUCACCCUCCUUCCCUAACAGCACACGCAUAGAGAAUCCCUACGUCGAAGAUACAUGGAACUCAUUCACUGUUAUCCCGCCAUCCCAUCACCAAAACCACCAAAAUCAACAACAACAACAAGAGAUGAAAUUUAAUGUCCUCGCCUCCUGCCAACGCUGUCAAAUGGUCUGUGUAGAUCAGACGACGGGAAUACGCGGCGAUGAGCCGUAUUCGACGCUUGUGAAGACGAGAAAGGUUGGAAGGGGGGUGUUUUUUGGGAGGCAUGUUUCUGUUAAUCACUCUGCUGGGGAAGCGGUUGGUGUUGGUGUUAUGGUUGGGGAUGGGGUUAGGGGUGGGUUUUGA